GGCACCGAGCAUCCGUGCCCGCCAAUGCGGCCCAGCCCCUGGAGUGCCAGGCCCGCAGCACGCCCAUGUGGGUCGGCGGUGUGGGGAGCCCUCGUCGGGGCGCAGCCCCGGCACCCACCGAUGACCUCUUCGCUCGCAAACUGCGCCAGCCGUCCCGGCCUCCGCUGACGCCGCACACCUUCGAACCCAGGUUCACCCGAGGCCCACUCCUUCGCAGCGGCAGCGAUGCUGGGGAGGCCCGGCCCACUGCACCCACCAGUCCCCGGGCCCGGGCCCACAGCCACGAGGAAGCCAGCCGGCCCUCAGCCACCCCCACCCGGCUCUUCACCGACCCCCUGGCACUGCUGGGGCUGCCAGCCGAGGAGCCGGAGCCCACUUUCCCACUGGUGCCCGAGCCCCGCUGGUUCGCCCACUAUGACGUGCAGAGUCUGCUCUUCGACUGGGCACCAAGGCCUCGGGGGAAUGCAGGCCACAUCGACACCUUAUCUGGGACCCCGACCCCCUCUGAGGACCCCGCUGGCCCCUCAGAUAUGCUGCUGGGGGCACCCGGCUUUGUGAGUGAGCUGGGGGGCGAAGGUGAGCUGGGCCUGAGUGGACUGGUGAGCCCCCCGGUGCCCCCUGCCCUGCCCAACGCCGCCGUGUCCGUCCUGGAGGAACCCCAGAACCGAACCUCAGCCUACAGCUUGGAGCACGCAGAUCUGGGCGCUGGCUACUACCGCAAGUAUUUCUACGGCAAAGAGCACCAGAACUUCUUCGGCCUGGACGAGGAACUGGGCCCAGUAGCCGUGAGCCUGCGGCGGGAGGAGAAGGAGGGCAGCGGCGGGAGCUCCGUGCACAGCUACCGCAUCAUUGUGCGGACCACGCAGCUCCGGACCCUCCGCGGCACCAUCUCAGAAGAUGUGCUGCCUCCCGGCCCCCCUCGGGGUCUGUCCCCAAAGAAACUUCUGGAGCAUGUGGCCCCGAGGCUGAGCCCCACUUGCCUGCGCCUGGGUUCCGCCUCCCCGAAGGUGCCCCGCACGCUGCUCACAUUGGAUGAGCAAGUGCUGAGCUUCCAGCGAAAGGUGGGCGUCCUGUACUGCCGGGCAGGCCAGGGAUCCGAGGAGGAGAUGUACAACAACGAGGAUGCAGGCGCCGCCUUCAUGCAGUUCCUCACCCUGCUGGGAGAUGUGGUGCGGCUCAAGGGCUUCGAGAACUAUCGGGCCCAGCUGGACACCAAAACGGACUCCACGGGCACGCACUCCCUCUACACCACAUAUCAGGACCACGAGAUCAUGUUCCACGUGUCCACGAUGCUGCCUUACACCCCCAAUAACCAGCAACAGCUCCUGCGGAAGCGACACAUCGGCAACGACAUUGUGACCAUCGUGUUCCAGGAACCGGGCAGCAAACCCUUCUGCCCAAGUACCAUCCGCUCCCACUUUCAGCAUGUGUUCCUGGUGGUGCGCGCACACGCGCCUUGCACACCGCGCACCUCCUACAGAGUGGCCGUGAGCCGCACCCUGGACACCCCGGCCUUUGGCCCGGCCCUGCCCCGCGGCGGGGGCCCCUUCCCGGCCAACGCCGACUUCAGGGCCUUCCUGCUGGCCAAGGCACUCAAUGGCGAGCAGGCGGCCGGCCAUGCGCGCCAGUUCCACGCCAUGGCCACGCGCACGCGCCAGCAGUACCUGCAGGACCUGGCCACCAACGAGGUGACCACCACGUCGCUCGACUCGGCCUCACGCUUCGGGCUGCCUUCCCUGGGCGGCCGGCGCCGGGCCACGCCGCGGGGCGCGGGCUCCGAGCUGCAGGCGGCGGGCGCGCUGGUGUGGGGUGUCCGCGCGGCGGCCGGGGCGCGGGUGUCUGCGGGGGCCGAGGGCGCCGAGGUGCCCUGCCUGUUGGGCAUCUCGGCCGAGGCGCUGGUGCUCGUGGUCCCGCGCGAUGGUCGUGUCGUCUUCAACUGCGCAUGCCGCGACGUGCUGGCCUGGACCUUCUCGGAGCACCAGCUCGACCUGUACCACGGCCGCGGCGAGGCCAUCACGCUGCGGCUGGACGGGCCCCCGGGCCAGGCUGUCAAUGAGGUGGUGGCGAGGCUGCAGCUGGUGAGCCGUGGCUGCGAGACUCGAGAGCUCGCACCGCCCCGGGACGGGCAGGGCCGCCUGGGCUUCGAGGUGGACGCCGAGGGCUUCAUCACGCGUGUGGAGCGUUUCACGUUCGCCGAGACAGCAGGGCUGCGGCCCGGGGCGCGCCUGCUGCGGGUGUGCGGCCAGACACUGCCCAGCCUUGGCCCCCAGGCCGCGGCCCAGCUGCUGCGCUCAGCGCCCAAGGUGUGCGUCACCGUGCUGCCCCCAGACGAGAGCGGCCGGCCCCGCAGGAGCUUCUCGGAGCUGUACACGCUGUCUCUGCAGGAGCCCAGCCGGCGGGGGGCCCCAGAGUCUGUGCAAGACGGCACCCCGGAAGUGGCUGAGCUACCCACACGCCUACAGGAUGGCUGCGGGCCGGCGGUGCCUGGGGACUUAGCAGAGGAGAGGACUGAGUUCCUGCACAGCCAGCACUCAUCGUCACCCUGCAGCUCACUGGAGGAUGAUGUUCCUCUCCUGCCCACUUCAACCCCCGACCUGCUCCUGCCCACCGCAGCCAAGCCAUCAGCCCGGGACACGCACCUCACUCCAGACGGGCCAGGCAUCGAGGACAGGGGUGACACUGCCCCCGAGCUGAGAGCCUCUUUCCUGCCGCGAACCCUUUCUCUGCGGAACUCCAUCAGCAAAAUUUUGUCGGAGGCGGGCAGCAGCGAGACCCUGGAAGAUGAGUGGCGCUCCAUCUCUGAGAUCGCCUCCACCUGUAACAGCAUCCUGGAAUCACUGGCCCGAGAGGAGUCCUACCCAGAGAGCGGAGAACCGGAGGGACCACCCAAGUCAGAAGCUGAGCCAGAAGCUGGGAGCCUAUCAGAGAAGGUCUCUCACCUGGAGAACAUGCUCAGGAAGCUGCAAGAUGACCUGCAGAAGGAGAAGGCGGACAGGGCGGCCUUGGAGGAGGAGGUGCGGAGCCUUCGGCACGACAACAUGCUGCUGCUGGCGCAGUCGGAACCCGUGGUGGCCGAGCAGCGGGGCGCUCCCCAUGGCGACCUGGCCUGAGCACCUCAGGAACUAUCCCUGCGCACUGCGCAGCUUAGCACUGCCCCCCAUAACCCCCACGUGGCCAUCAAACUGCCCCUCCCCGGCCAGCCCUGGUGUAAAUAUUUUGAGAUGGGAAGGGACUUCAGGGAAUAAAGGUGCCAC